CCCGUCUCGUCUCGGGCUGGAGCCCGGAGUUGGGGCAGGCUGGGCGAAGCUGCUUCCCCGCGCCGCCUCCGACGAGAGCCCGCCGUGGGAUGCUCUGGAGAGCCGGCCCUAGCUGGCUGCUUCCCGCGCAGAAAAGUCUGAGGCGCAGAACUUGCCAAGCUCGGAGCCCGUCGGCGUCGAGAGCGUCGGGAGCCUCUCCGGAGGGAAGCGGGAGCUCCGAGCCAUGCCGCCGCCGCCACACGAGACGGGUCUGGACUGCCUGCUCCUCGCCUUCCUCCUCUGCACAGUGGUGGAAUGCCGAGGGGGGAUUGUGGACAGCAUGCAGCGGUUUGCGAGCUUGCCAGUCUACCUCCCGGCGAGUUACAGCCUCUCCAACGCCAACGUUUCCUUCUUCCUCAAGGAAACCAACCAGGAUAUCAUGAGGAAUGCUAGCUUGCAGUCCCGAACGGAGCCUUUCCUGGUCUAUCGAACCAACAGCUUGCCUGGCUUAAACGCUACUUACGGCCCUUUUACUGUGGAACAAACGGUGCCUCCGAACCUUCUGCAGACCUCUGCUUUGUUCAGUUUUGCCGAUCGGUUCACUUUUAAUUGGAAGUUACAGUCGCACAUCAUUGACAGCUCCGUCUAUUCCAACAGGCCCAAAGUCCAAGCUUUGUUCUAUGUUUCUGGCAAAGACUGGGAAGACUAUGAUCCUUCGGAGAUCCUGCCCUGUGUGCGGAUGAUGGCCUUCCAGGAGGAUCGCGUCGCUGUCAGCAGCUGUCGCUUGAAAGGUCCCUUGGGGUUAUGCGUUGCCGAGCUGGAGUUCUCCCCAAGCUGGUUCAACCCUGCCUUGGCCACGGCAUUGCCACCGUCACCUCUCGAGUUUCAACAGAUGGCCAGUUCCUUGGAAGGGACCACUGUGGAGCUUUUCUAUUGGAUGUAUUCGGUGGAAGGGGAGUGUUCUUCCGAGGACCAAAGCCCAGAGAGCUUUCUGCACUCAAAGGGCCAAGAGGAAGCACCGCUGCCUUUAGUGCCAAUGGAGAGAAUUGGAAGUAUUAUUCUUUACCCGGUUCAAGACAAGCUGAAGAAGUCUGUCCUGAAUCUGGAUGACAACGUUGUGCUCUGUUUGCCACUCAGCCCCGUCAAGAGAGGGGACCUUGUCAUGUUUCAUGUAUCCCUCGCCAGUGGCUCUCGAACAGAUCAGUUCACACUCAGAAUUAAGGCUGCUCCAGGUGUGAAGAUAAUAGACAUCCGAGUCAGCGAUCCAGACCAAUGGGGAGUUCAACAAGAUGUAGACAAUGGAAGGACACAGACCACGGCCACCAUUGUGUGCGAACGCUUCGAUCCAACCACAGAGAGCAGGGUGAACGUCUCCUCCUACGAGAUCCUGCAGAUGGAUUUUGAGAUUGACAACAGCAGUGGACUUGUUGGGGUCCAGCAAAUCACUUGGCAAGUUGAAUACCCUCGAGAUGACACUGUGAGUGAGCUAGUGGUCUCCGAGAUCUUUGUCAGCCAAGCAACGUUUUCCGGAAUUGUUCCACUCGCAAUGGACACAGAGGUCCUCAACACAGCCAUUCUGACAGGGAAACCGGUGUCCGUCCCAGUAAAAGUGGUUGCUGUCGAAGAGGAUGGAUCGGUGCGAGAUGUGUCUGACUCGGCUGAAUGCAAAUCAGCAGAUGAAGACGUCAUUAAGGUUUCCGACAACUGCAACGCCAUUUUUGUUAACGGGAAGGAGAUGAAAAGCAAAGUGGACACCAUUGUGAACUUCACAUACCAGCACUUUACCACCCAGCUCGAAAUCACGGUGUGGGUCCCGCGGCUUCCACUUCAAAUCGAGAUCUCGGACACCGAACUGAGCCAGAUCAAAGGCUGGAGGAUCCCUGUCACCUCCAACAAAAGGCCGACGCGUGACAGUGACGAAGAAGAAGAUGAUGAAAAGAAAGGCAGAGGCUGCACCCUCCAGUACCAGCAUGCCAUGGUGCGAGUCCUGACCCAAUUUGUUGCCGAAUCGUCGGACUUCGGAGGCCAGCUGACCUACAUGCUUGGUUCCGAGUGGCAAUUUGACAUCACCGAUCUCGUGGCUGAUUUCAUGAAAGUGGAGGAAUCCAAAGUUGCCAAGUUACAAGAAGGACGUGUCCUGGUUGGUCGUGAGCAAGGGAUUACAACUGUUCAGGUUCUUUCUCCUCUCUCGGAUUCCAUUUUGGCUGAGAAGACCGUGAUUGUUCUGGAAGACCGCGUGACCAUCACAGACCUUGGGGUGCAGCUUGUGGCCGGCUUGUCCCUCUCACUCCAGACAAGCAAAGGAAACAAGAGAGUGAUUGUCACAACAGCAUCGGCAUCCGAUAUCCUUCAUUCACCCAAACAGGAAGCUGUGGUGAGUGCUUGGAUUCUGUUCAGUGAUGGCACUGUGACACCCUUAGACAUCUACGACAUGAAAGAUUUCUCUCUCACCAUCACGUCAUUGGAUGAAAUGGUGGUGUCCAUUCACGAAAGCCAAGAGGAAGACUGGCCCGUGGUAGUGGCAGAAGGAGAAGGUCAAGGGCCACUGAUUAAAAUCGAAAUGGUGAUCAGCGAGCCUUGCCAGAAGUCCAAGCGGAAGAGCAGCCUGGCCGUUGGGAAAGGAACCAUCAAGGUCAAGUUUGGCCAGAAAGAGUCCGAUCACAAAGGGGACACGAAUGAUGUUGAAGAUGCCGAUGCCGAUUUUAAAAGCCAAGGGGGCAAUGGCGUAGAGAAGUCACUGGAGCAAGAGAGGUCAGGGCAAGACUGGCAUAAGUAUGGAGUUUCCAUGAGUCACGAAGAGGCUGCCAACCAAAGCACCACAUCCAAACCUUCUGUUCAUCAGAACACGCAUGGAGAUGGCCAACUCCAAAACAGUCCAACGUCUUUUACAACCUUUCCCAUACAGGUCGACAUUCCUGGGCAGAACCACCCAGGGGAUCUCAUUUUGGCUCCCAGAGGACUUACAGAUCUUGAGAUAGGCAUGUAUGCACUGCUGUGUGUCUUCUGCCUAGCGAUUUUGGUCUUCUUAAUCAACUGUGUGGCAUUUGCAUGGAAAUAUCGGCACAAGAGGUUCGCUGUUAGUGAACAAGGCAACCUGCCACAUUCCCAUGACUGGGUGUGGCUUGGCAAUGAGACCGAGCUCUUGGAGAAUACAGUGGACAUUUCACUCCCCUCCGAAGAAUGCACCACCAUGAUAGACAGAGGGAUGCAAUUUGAGGAAAGCAAUUUCCUCCUCAAUGGGAACUCUCAGAAGAACCUCCACAACCAGAUCCUUCGCUCAGCUGAAUACGCUUGUGAGAAAGAUCUCUCAAGCGAGCCUGUCAACCCACCUGGGCCCAAGCGGAAAAGGGUGAAGUUCACCUCCUAUACCACCAUCUUGCCAGAGGAUGGCGGCCCUUAUACCAACUCCAUUCUUUUCGACAGCGACGACAACAUCAAAUGGGUGUGCCAAGAUAUGGACUUAGGCGAUUCCCAGGACCUUAGAGACUAUAUGGAAAGGCUGCAAGACAAUAUGUAAAAAAAAAAUGCAAAAUAAAAUUAUAUAUAAAGAGAGAAGAAGAAAAAAAACUUUCUUACGUUUGUAUUCACCUUUAUGCCUUCUGUUUUAUGGAUAAUGGAACGGUCAAACCAGCCAGCAAUAGAAGACUCCUCCAAUUCUUUUGGAGGUUCAGAGAUAGUAACUUCACAUCGUUGUGAUCAGGUGCAAGAAAAAUCUGGCUGUGUUAUCCUGUCUUUGUCAGAUACAAGGGGGUGUGCUAUACCCUCCAAACAGCUGCUUAACAAUCCGAGAGGGAAUGGCGCCCAACCGGCUGUUUUUCUUAUGUCGCCUGAUACUAGUAAAUACUGAUCCAGCUACGGCUAGACUCAGAAGAUGGCUUAGCCUGUCAUGCGAUGACAAGCCGUUACUUUGGAGAAAUGGACAAUGUUGUAGGGUGGGGUGGGGGAAUAUUUUUUUCUCUUUGUAAAAGCACAGUAGACAUUCUUUGCUUACGGCAGGAAUCUCAGCUCCUUUGAAAGGAUCAGAAUGAAUUGGCCUCAUGUAAUAUGUUUGUUGGAAGUACAGGCAAAUAUAUCCUUUUUGGGUUGUCUUUUUUCUUUUCCUCUUCUUCGCUUCUUCCCCUUCGCUUUCGCCAACACUUUUUCCUCUCCUCUCCGCUCCUUUCCUUUCCUCUCCACUCCUUUCCUCUCCGCUCCUCUUCUCUCCGCUCCUUUCCUUUCCGCUCCUCUCCGCUCUGUUCUGCUCUUUUCCUUUCCUCUCCGCUCCUCUCCUCUCCGCUCCUUUCCUCU